AUGUCAGAAAAUCCGCCGGCCGAUGAACCCACAACUGUGGACGUGGAAGUGGGUGCAGAAGAAGUGAAGAAUAUAGUGAGCCCGAAAAAUAUGAGGUUGCUGAGGAAGUUUAAAGGGGUAGAUGGUGUGAUGAGGGUCCUUCAUACUGAUAAAGAUAAAGGGAUCUGUAGUGACACCAUUGAUGAUGAGAUUGAGGACCGAAGAAAACGCUUCGGGUCCAAUGAUUUCAAUAAUCAUGCCACCAUAAACCUGCUCAAGGAUUUUUGCAUUUGUGGAUUGGAAGCAAUCCAGGACCCACUGAUCAUCAUUCUUCUCAUCUACACCAUCGUUUACAUAUGUUUUGGCAUAAAGAAACAUGGGAUCAAAGGGGUUUGGCCUGAAAGGGGAACACAUCUCAUUUCGAUCGUUACCGUGGUGAUCUUUUCAGCUGUGACUAAUUUUUGGCCCAUUAAGCAGAAUUAUGUUUUCUCUGCAGCCAAAAACCAAGUUUACAGCCCUCAGGUGGAUGUUGUGAGGAACGGUGAAUGGCAAAAGAUCCCCAUCUCUGAAGUGGUGGUUGGAGAUAUUGUGUACUUGAAACCUGGUGACCAAGUUCCGGCGGACGGCCUUUGCAUAGAUGGGCACUCGAUACACCUUGAUGACUUGACAAGCAAUAAUAAUAACAAUGAUCAGAAUCGGCGCACAUUACCUAAUGCUGGUGCUGAAGGUGGAUCACAAAGGAAUAACCAGCGCGUGAGAGUUGUAGAAAAUCCGUUUUUGUUCUCGGGCAAUAUGGUUGCUGAUGGUUACGCGAGGAUGGUUGUAACAGCUGUGGAAAAGAGUAAUAACGAGGAAAACUCGCAGCAGCCGGCUCAAGCCACUUGGAUGACGCCAAGACAUGUUCGCGAGUUGGAGGAACUGUCCGCGACAAUUGGUAGGUGGGGUAAAGGUUUUGCACUUUCGAUGUUUGUAUGGUUUUUUUGCCGAUUCUGUAUGCAGGAGAUUGAUGACGAGGAAGCCGUCAAUGACGGUGAUAGAGAGGCAGAUAUUGUUGAAUUUCUAGUUGCUUUAGUUGGAAUGCUGGGGACUUCAGCUGUUAUUGUGUUAACUUCAAGUCUGGAAAGCUUAGUUUUGGCUGUCAAUAUAACUCUUGCCUAUUCCAUGAGAAGCUUGUUACAUAAACAGGUUCUGAUCAAAAGGCCCUCCCUCUGUCAUCAAGUUGCAUCAGUUGAUACUAUAUGCAUCAACAAAAUUGGAACCUUAACGGUCGAUUCCUUAGAGGUAACUGGAAAUUGCUUAAAUUUACCAUCUGUCCGUCCCAUUUCAAUAGUCCAUGUUGUACUAAAAUGGUUUAACUAUAACGAGACCAUUAAGGUACUAAACGUUUCGGAUUUGUCCUUUCUUCAUUUGCAGGUGAAAGAGUUCUGGUUUGGUCUGAAUGACAUUGAACAAUCACCAACAGAUUUACUUUAUCCAAGCGUGAUUGAGUUGCUUCACCAGGCAAUAGGCCUGAACAUAACGCAGCCUCGCUCGAGUUCAACAUUUGCUACUUCCUUGAGUCCAACAGAACGCGCAAUGUUUGAUUGGGCGACUCGCGAGCUGAAAAUGGAUCAGAAAAGCCUUGAGAACAGCUGCACAGUUCUCCAAAUCGAUCCCUUCAUCCCGGUCAACAAAACGAGUGGAGUGUUGAUCAAUAAGAAAACCGACAACACAAUUCAUGUGCAUAUGAAAGGAGCACCCGAGGUGAUCCUGGAGAUGUGCUCUGACUACUAUGGUACUGGUGGAACAACCAUUCUCUUCAACAGAAGCACCAGGGAUACUUUGCAACGAACAAUUCGAAGGAUGGCGAGAAAAGGCCUCAGAUGCAUUGCUUUUGCACAUAGAAAGACAUCAAUAGAAGAGCAUUUCUAUUCCCCGCGCCAACAGGAGUUGACCUUGAUUGGCGUAGUAGGACUUGAGAAUCUUGUAAGAACUGAAAUGGCAACAGCUAUAAGAGAUCUCCAACGAGCUGGAAUAAAUCUCAAACUAGUCACAGGGGACAGUAUUUUAACAGCCACAUCCAUAGCUUCAAGGUCUGGCUUACUUGAUCAGCGCGGAAAUCAACCAGGAGACAUAGUAGUGGAAGGACGGAAAUUCGAGGGAUGGAAUAGAGAAGAGAGAUUGGAGAAAGUUGAUGGAAUUCGCGUAUUGGCUGCCGCGAACCCCACCCAUAAGUCCCUCAUGGUUCAAACUUUAAAAGAGAAAGGACGGGUUGUUGCGUAUGUAGGAGGAGCCCUAGGUGAUGCACAGGCGAUUAAAGAAGCAAAUGUAGGUAUAUGUUUCGGUCCUGCAACCGAAGGCAGGGCGGAGAUCAUCAAGGCAUGUUCAGAUAUAGUAAUCAAGGACAAAAAUUACCUCCUGGUUCUUGAAAUUUUGAAAUGGGGCAGAGGAUUUUAUGACAGUAUCCAAACCUACAUUCAGUUCUUGCUCACUGCAACUUUCGUUGAUCUGGUGAUUGAUUCUGCGAUGACCAUAUUUCCCAAUGGUUUCAAUCUUUAUUAUGCAGUGGUUGAUGUUUCAUCAGAAGCAGAUGUUUCAUCAGGUAUAGUAGCCAUACCUGUAUUUCAACUGCUUUGGGUAAAGUUCAUUUUAGGCUUAGUUGCAAUUCUUUCUGUACGUAUAAGACAACCCUCUGAUGACCUAAUGUCCGAGCCACCAAGAGACCUAAAUGAGCCUUUGAAGACAGAUAGUAUGAAAAGAAAUAUGGUUGCCCAGGGACUGUAUCAAGUGAUAGUCCUUCUGGCCAUCCAUUUUAGAGGGAAAUCAUUGCUGAAACUGAAUCCAAAUGAGAAGAACACUCUGAUCUUCAAUACAUAUGUGCUCUGCCAAGUUUUCAUGCUCAUCAACGCGAAGCUGUAUGAUCGAAAGAACAUUUUCCAGGAAAUGCACAGAAUGAAAUGGUUCUGGGGAAUCAUUGGAUUCAUUAUAAUCCUCCAAGUCAUCAUGGUGGAAUUUUGGAAGAGCUUUGCUGGUACAGCAAGGCUAGAUUCCAAGCAAUGGGCCUGGUGUUUCUUAAUUGCUGCUGCAUCUACCCCUCUCAGUUGGCUCCUUCGAUAUAUUCCUCUUGUGAAAAUGCCAUAUUUCAAACCAAAAACAGAAUGA